AUGUUGUGUUGGUGGUGGGACAGGGCUACGAUGAUGUUGGCCAAGGAAGGAGUUGGAGGAGGUCAUGACAUCAAGGAGGCCAUCUUCGCAUAUCUUCUCUGCAGUGUCCUAAUGGUCAAAUUCAAGCGAGACAUGAUAAUAGACAUCAAUUUGUAA